CUUGGAGUUGGAGAUUUUUUCUAAAACAGCUCUCUUGUUUUUUUUUUUUUCCCUUUCUUUAAAUUCUCUUCAAUUCAGAAUUUGGGAAAUAGACUUCAUAAACAGUCACAGAAUAUACCUCCUCAUCAGCGUGGUCAGAGAGUCAGAACACCCACUGACAGGACAGAGCAAUCAGACUUCCUAAACCUGUUUUGAACUGACCAAAUACAAUUUGCAAUGAUCUGAAAACAGACUAGUGACUUUAUAAUAUGACCCAAGAGCAUGCUAAGUGACCAGAUACCUCACAGAAUAACCAGAGAGCUUGCAAACAUACCAUAAAUCAAACGGAGUGAACAGAGCAUAGAAGCUGACCACAUACCUCACAGAAGGACCAGGACGCAUACAAAGUGACCACAAACUUGAAACCUUAAAGUGUCUCUUUUUCCAGUAACCCCCUUACUGGACCAAUGCCCCCGGUGACUGAAGCCCCCAAAGCACCAAUCAAGCUCAGCACAUAUGCAAAGACAGUGAUAUCUCUGGUUUAUACACUUCUGCUUAUAGCUGGUAUUCUUGGAAACACUCUGGUGAUUCGUGUUUUGCGUGGUAUCCGAGGUGGACGCAGUGUGCAGGCCUCUCUUAGCCACCACAUGUGUAGCUUGGCAUCUUGUGAUAUUCUUCAACUAGCACUUGGUAUUCCAGCAGAGCUGUAUUGUAGUAUCUGGAACCCAUUCCCAUGGCCCCUGGGCACAACUGGCUGUCGUGGCUUCUAUUACUUGUGGGAGGUACUUUGUUAUGCUGCCAUCCUAAAUGUGUUAUCUCUGAGUUGUGACAGACACCGUGCCACCUGCCAGCCAAUGAGCCUCCACUUACAGAAAUCUUCAGGGGUCCGUCUUCGACUUUGCUUGCUCUGGCUGGCUUCUCUUCUGGCCGGGCUCCCAAUGCUCUUCACCAUGGGCUUGGAAGUCAUCCAUGUAGAAGUCAUAGAAGGUCAGCCUCAAGAAUUGUGGGUGUGCACUCCACUUAGCCCUUGGAGGGAUCUCUUUACAAUCAGUGUCUGGGCUUCCUUUUUAACCUAUCUUGGUGCACUGUUUAUUGUGGGUAUAACAUGCUGGAAAAUGAGGAGAGCACUUGAGGGAAGUGGACAAUUUUUAGCUGCACCAGGUCCUGGUGGGUCUACACAGCUGCUGGGAAGAUUCUGCAGUGAGCAGACAAUGGCAGUCCGUAAGCAAAAUGCCAGAAUGCUGGGUAAGGACAUACAUGCAGUAGCUAACAUCUAGUUAUAUUUAUCCAGAUACAUAUGAAAGUCCUAAACCUUUAGUAAAUUGUAUAAUACAGAAUAUAGAAAUAGGAUACAUUAGUCCAUUUCAUCCUUGGAGAGCAGGCACUUACCAAAGACCACAAAAAUAAGCAAAAUUAAUUUUGUGAAUAAUCCGGAGCCAGUACUGAUCGACAUUGCAGGGUUCUGUAAAAGCAAACUGAAUAGAAAGAUAACUUAUACACACUAAGCAAUUCUAAAGUAUUUACUUCACACUAAUAGUUUGUUGUUUAUAUGAUGGUUAGCAGUUAGAUAUAUCUGUAUGAACUUUAAUUCUACACUGAAAUGGAAAAUGUUGGCUCUUGAGCAUGGUUAAGCUCUUAAAGCUGGCUAUGGUGCUUAUAAUGCCAGAAGUACUCUGGCUCUGUUUCCCAGUAAUGGGACUAACUGCUUUGCAACAAUUUGCUCUCUAACCUGGGUUUCUGCAGGGUGCAGAGGGUACUUCCUGCUCUGGUGACAUACAUCCAUUCCCAUCGCCACUCAUUGGCUAAGAGUGUCAGCUGAUCACUCUCAACCAAUGAAUGCAAUUCGUUUGUAUAGGAAUAUGCACAGAAUUGGUAUUAGCCAGCCCGAAAACAAAGCAAAACACUGCACAUACAGACUCCUGGCAACAUGACCACUUCAAAUCAUUGCAGAGGUCAUGAUGCUUGCAGUAACCUUUUAAUUGCAUUGCAUACAUAGCAAGCUAACAUGAAUAGCAAUAAAUCUUAAAAAGUUAAGUAAAACAUGAGGAUUUCAUGGGUAUUUUUAAAAAAACAAACUAAAUUCAAUACAAAAUGUUUGAAACUAUUGACAUACCUAGCAACACUCUUUCAGUGUUAUCUGAAAUUCUACUUUAGUGUCAAUGGACAUCUUUUCUAUUUUACUUUAGGCAAAUGCGUGCAUGUGCAAAAUAUGCUAUUAUCAGGACCAGUCAAAGGAUUUUUGGCUUCUCUCCCAUUCCAGUAUAGGAUGAACAUGAUAAAUUUACAUAUCAGCACCACAAACAAACAUAAAUGUUAAUGCUUUGGAGUUUCUGGACACCCAUUCAUGCCACACAUGAAUGUGAGCUGUAUUGCUUUUGAGCUCUGGGUUUUUUCUCUAAAAAACCUUGACCUUCUCAGUAAUAUGUGGUAUGUAUACGUUAUCACAGAGCUCCAUAGCAAAAACAACCUCACAAUAAUGUGCAUAGCAGUAUACAACAGAGCUUCACAGCUCCACAGCUAUAAAACACAGGAGAAUAGGUAUUCAUUUUAUAUGUCAGUAUCAACUGUUUCCACAGUAAUACAUUUCACAAUUCAUUGUGAUAUUUCUUUGGUGUCUCAAUAACUGGGAUAUCAGAAGACAAAAGUAGAACAGGAGAAAGAAAGAGUAUUGUGACUGUGUCUUCUUGUGGUAUUGUGUAUGUGUUGAGGGCAGUGGCGGAACCACGGUUGCAGGGGUCGCAGCUGAGACUGGGCCCGUCACUUGAGGGGGUCCUACCGCCCUAUGACCAGGGUGCCCGCAGGCAUAGUGGUGCCGUCCCGGCCACGCGGAACAACCGCCAGGGCCACAUUGAAGGUGGCACGUGGAUUUCCUGGGGCCCGGUCAGUGCUGUGGCGCUUUAAGAGCGCGACUCGGCCCCAGUGGUGAUGUCAGAGCUGGGAGGGAGUCGUCACUUCCUCCCAGAUAACAGAGCGCCGCGCGGGAGGAGAGGAGGGAGUCAGAGUGGGAGCUCUGACUCCCAUCAGCAUGAGGGGGCCACUGGACCCCAAGGAAGUCACUAAAUAUUUUUAACAGUUUGUGUGUGUCUGUAUGUAUGUGUGUCUGUGUGUGUCUUUGUGUGUGUGUCUGUGUUUCUUUGAAUGUGUUUCUGUUUGUGUGUCUGUGUGUGUGUGUGUCUGUAUGUGCAUCUCUUUGUCUGCGUGUGUGUCUGUAUAUGUAUCUGUGUCUGCAUGUGUAUUUGUUUUUCUGCGUGUGUGUCAGUAUGUGCAUCUUUGUCUGCAUGUGUGUCAGUGUGUGCCUCUAUGUAUCUGUAUGUGUGUCACUGUUUAUAUUUGUAUGAGUGUCAUUCUGUAUCUGUACAUCUGCAUGUGUGUCUAUAUGUGUCUGUCUAUAUGUGUGUCUGUGUAUCUGCAUGUGUCAGUGUGUGUGUGUAUCUGUAUGUGUGUCAGUGUUUGUAUCUGUAGAAGUGUCAUUCUGUGUAUCUGAAUGUGUGUCUGUGUAUUAGCAUGUGUGUCCAUGUAUGUAUCUGUAUGUGUUAUAAAAAUGGAGGGGAGAGGGAGGGGAGGAGAUGCAUGGGGGAGCCCCAGGGCACUUUUUGCACUGGUGCCCUGUGGUCUCUAGAUACACCACUGGUUGAGGGGGCUGUUUGUGGUGUAGUGUGUGUUUGAAUAGAUCUGUUUAUUUUGUGUUUGUGACGGACCGCUGGCACUCCGACCGAGUACAUCCACCAAUUGAUGCUCCUAGCGCUUGCCGAGGACUCUGAGCACUUCAGCCGACACCAUCAGCACUGCGGACCCCACUUCCAGUGAUUCAGCUGCGCCGGGGUCUCGCCGUCUGUCACCCACCCUGGAUCCACGACCAGGAUCCAGCUCCCAGUGGGUGAACCUCUCCGAAAUCCAGAGAGCGUAGCAGGAACAAAUCAAGCUCUUACAAGAGCUUACUCUGGGGAGUAAGUGAUUAUAGCAAUCCCCAGAGUGUAGGUAUCCCUUCCACCAAGCAUGAGUCAAGGCUUCAAGAAAGGUGCAAGUAGGUCUGGUUUAUUGAGGGCUACCUGCCCGGUAUUUAUGCAAGAGUCCACCAGGUGGACACUCCCCUAGGGGACCUGAUGGAACAAUGGGACACAUAUUGGAUAUUAGCCAAUCACAGACAAUACAAACAAAACACUCCCACAGUGACAUCACAAUCCCUCCUCGCUAUCCUGGAGAUAAUUGGGAAGUAAUCAAAUUAUCUCCCAGGACAGAGGCAAGACUCCAUUAACCGAAUGGCGCUCAGAUCACAUACAGUUCAAUCGCCAUGGAGCCAAAGUCUUUUCCAUAGUCUUUUGUUACACAAAUAGGCUUCAUGGUAUUCUUGGAAACACUCUGGUGAUUCGUGUUUAUUUUGCUAUCUGGGGUAGCACUACUCACAUACUGAAAGUCCAGAACGACCCGGCAGAAAUACACAAAUAAACCUUUCUGCAGGGAAAAAUACAGCUAUGAGCACAGGUGCCAUAGUCGGAAGGCAGGAGGCUAGCCAGUAGUCCCCUCCAGGCACAAGUGGCGAAGGGCACUUCGUCACAGUGGUGUAGUAUGCAGGGCCAUCUUUAAUACUGAUUGGACCAUGGGCAAGUAUUAGCUUGUGCCCCCUGGACUCUGCCCCCGCCCCCUCUCCCUGGCAUGCAAUCACCCCUUCUAGCGCAGUGGUGGAACUAAAGUAGAAAGAACCCUAGUGCCAGAAUUUUAUGGAGCCCCUCAAUUGCAAGGUUGGACAAAAGGUAGAUCCUUAUCUGUCAAGCAACUCCAACAAUGCUUUGACAGCUGGGGCUCUACCAAUUUCCCAUGCUUGCAGGGUUGUAGUUAGCACUGAGCCGUGUUUGAAUGUAAACAUGUUUUUGUUAUGGAGUAUGUUUGUGUGAAUGUAUGGAUGUGUUUGUAUGUGGUGUUAAAGUUUGAAUGCAAGCGUGCAUUCAACACAGAGGUGUGAUUGCAUAUAGUGUUGACAUUUCAAUGCAGGAGUGUGUUUGUAUGUAAUGUUGAAGUUUGAAUGGCGGGGUGUACUUGUAUUUAAUGUUGGUGUUUGAAUUCUGAGAUGUAUGCACAUAUACACAUUCACUGCCACACAUGCACUGUGAUACACAUACACACACUGAAACACAUGCAGAUACACAGAUAAACACACACUGACACACAUGCAGAUAGAGACACACCAAUAUACAUACAGACAAACAGAUACACAACCUGACACACAUGCAGAUGCCCAGACACAAAGGUACACACACUGACACGCAUGCAGACACACAGACCCAUACAGAUACAUAGACACAUACAUUGACAGACAUACUGACACACAAACACAUACGCUGAUAGACAUACUGACACACACAGGCACAUAUACUAACAGACAUGUUAACAAACACAGACACUUACAUUGAGGCAUACUAAAAGACAUACUGACAUGCACAUAGGCAGAUACAUACACUGACAGACAAAUUGACACACACACACACACAGAGACAUACUGACACUUACAGACAUGCUGGCACUGGCAGACACACUGAAACACAGAUACAUACACUGUCAGAAAUACUGACACACACAGAUACAUACACUGACAGACAUACUAACACACAGACACACUGACACAGAUACACACACGCACAGACAUAAUGAUGCACGCACACAGACAGACAUACUUACACACAUGUAACAUUUACAUUUUUAGACCCACCCUCCAGUUACCUACCUUUUGCUGGAGGAUGGCUUUCCUGGGGUCGAGUGUGGUGCCUGAGACUAAUGGGAGUAAGGAGCCCCCAUCCUCAUUGCCUUCUCCUCCCUCUCGUGUGGCUCUUCCUGCCCUCCUGGUUGCUCUCUUUUAUGGGAGGAAGUCACUUGUGUCUGUCACUUCCUUCCAGGCUGCUGAAAAGCAAGGGGCCCAGUCAAGCUGUUAAAGGGCUACAGCGCCCCCAACUGGGCCCCUGCUUAUACAAGCCCACUGGAUGGCCCAAAGUGCAUGGCCAACCGGUGGGACUCCUUAGAAUGAAGGGCCCUGGCGGGAAAAAAAGAAAUUGUUGAGGGCAAGGAGGCCCACGGGGCAGAUGCCUUGGGCCCCCCAGAAGUAACUGGGCCCGUAGCAGAUGCCCUGUUUGCCCCGCGUUAAAGGCAGCCCUAAUAGUAUAAAAAAAUACACCAUAAACUAUAGUGUGGGUAUCCAGGAGCUAAAAUAAAAUAUCAAGAAUGGAAUUUAGAUAAUAAAUAGUUAGUGCAUGCAAUCAUCCAAAUUAAUAUGUAACCCUUGAUGGAAUAUCCAUAAUAUACAAUAGCCAGUCUAAAUAGAAUAACAGUCCAGAAUGAAAUAUGAGUCCAAAAUAAAGUGCAAGUCUUAUAUGGAGUACCUAUAGCAUAAGUAGCCCUAACUCUGCUUGUGAAAACAACACAGGGCUGAUGGUGCUCAUGUCUUAUGAUAUACUUUUAUAAAUAAAAGAUGAUUCAGAUCUAUGCCAGAGCAAAUAAGUAUGAAGAACUAGUUGCUCAAAAAUAGACUUGUAGUGCCACAGUGUAGGAUAAAAAUAGUCACUUGAUUACUAAAAAUAGAUCAAUAUAUUAAUUUAAAAAAAUAUGUUCCAAGUAAGAAAUAGCGAUUAAAGGAUCACUGUAGGGUCAGGAACACAAACAUGUAUUCCUGACCCUAUAGUGUUAACACCACCAUCUAGUCCCCCUGGGCCCCUCAUGCCUCCAUAAAUAUAGUAAAAAUCUUACUGUAUUCAAGCCUAAAACUGUAAAUCUGCAAGCUGUUAGACUCAGAAAAACAAGCAGUCUGCUGACAUGUGGUAGCCUGAUCCAAUCACAGUGCUUCCCCUUAGGAUUGGCUGAGACUGACAAAGAAGCAGGUCAGGGGCUGAGCCAGCAUGAUUCAAACACAGCCCUGGCCAAUCAGCAUCUCAUCAUAGAGGUUAAUUGAAUCAAGGAAUCUCUAUGAGGAAAGUUCAGUGUCUGCAUGCAAAGGGAGGAGAUAUUGAAUCAAAGGAUGCUGUGCACAGUGCUGCCCUGUGCUCUGCUGACAGCAGAUCUGAGUGGAUGGAGGCAUAUUAUGCCUCCAUCAACUCCGAAGUCCCUCUGGUUCACUCUGAGUGACUGCAACUGGAGGUGUUCCUAGCUUUCAAUGUAAACACUCUAUUUUCUCAGAAAAUACAGUGUUUACAUGAGAAAGGCUGCAGGGAGCUAUAGUUCUCAUCUGAACAACCUCAUUAAGCUGAAGUUGUUAAGGGGACUAUAGUGUCCAUUUAAAAUCAGAGGUUAGCAGUUAGUCCAGUAUAUAUUGAGUGAAAUGAGCAAAUAAACCUGCAGUCCAGACCCUGGUGGAUGAGGAUUGUGUGAGUCAAUCUUUCCUCCGUAUCCUGGCAGCCGGUGAGGACGGCGUGCGUGUCACUGUGCGCUCCACCUCUGACCUCACAUCGAGGGUUGCGCUUCGGUCUCACUGGAUGGUGUAUGUGUCGGGGCCGGAAUCCUUAGCUGACAGGGAUGUUUGCUAACAGAUCUUCACUGGCAACUGCUCCUCUCAAUUUGCUUGCGUUUCCAGAUUUUAGAGCUAUUUUAUCCACUUCUGUCUUACUCCCUCUAAUCCCUCUGUAACAUUCACACAAUGAAUACCAGAAUCCUGAACCCUGGUAGUAUGUCUGUUUAUGGACUUUAGAGAGAAUGUAUGUGUGUGUGUAUAAGAGAUGUGGUGCACUGGCGGAUCCAGAGUCUUAUCUCGGGAGGGGCACUCAGAUUAUUUAAAGAAACAAUCCAGGCACAAUAACCGCUACAGCUCUCUGUAGUGGUUAUGGUGCCAGGAGUGCCGUGGUUCCCUCCCAGAGUAAAUAGUCAAACGGUUUAAUAACAGUUUGAAAAUUUACGUGGGGUCUGCCAGGAUAGGGGCUGUAGUAGGGGAUAGAUGGUAGUGUGUGUGUGUGUGUGUGUGUGAGAGUAGGCAGUGUGUGUGUGUGUGUGUGUAUGUAUAUGAGUGUAUGAAGGAUGCAGGGUGGGUAUGGGAGACAGUGUGUGAGGGGUGCAGUGUGUGUGUGUGUGUGUGUGUGUGUACGGGAGGCAGUGCAUGUGGGCCAGUGUGUGUAUAGGGGUGCAGUGGGAGCACUGUGUGUAGGAGGGGCAGUGUGUGUUUGUGUGAGGGGUAUAGUGUGUGCAUGGGAGUGCAGUGUGUAUAUGUGGGGUGCAGUGGAAGCACUGUGUGUAUGGGGCCAGUGUGUGUAUGAAGGUCUAGUGGGGGCAGUGUGUGCAUGGGAGUGCAGUUGGGGAAGUGUUUGUGUGUGGGAGCAAUGUGUGUAUGUGGGUGCAGUGUGUGUGGGGGGAGACGUGUGUGGGGGUGCAAUGUUUGUAUGGGGAUGUAGUGUGUAUGGGGGGAGAAGUGUGUGAGGGUGUAAUGUUUGUGUGGGGGAGAAGUGUGUGUGGGGGGAUGCAGUGUGUGUGUGGGGUGCAGUGCUUGUAUGGGGAGAAGUGUGUGUGGGGUUGCAGUGUGUGUGGAGGAGAAGUGUGUGUGUGGGGGGUGCAGUGUUUAUAUGGGGAGAAGUGUGUGUGGAGGAGAAGAGUGUGUGUCCCCAUACACACACUCUUCUCCUCCACACACACUGUGGGGGCAAUGUGUUUGGUGGGGCAGUAUGUAUGGGGUGCUGUCGGGGCAGUGUGUUUGAGUAGGGGUAGUAGCCCUUGGGGGGGCUGUGGGGGGCAGGAGGUGUGUUUGAUGGGGCAGUGUGUAUAUGGAGGCUGUAGGGGCAGCCUGUUUGGUAAGGGAGUGUAUAUGAGGGGGCUGUAGGGGCGGAGGAGUGUAUAUGGGGGCACAAUGGGGGGCAGUGUGUUUGGUGGGGCAGUGUGUAUGGGGGCUGUAGGGUGGCAGUCUGUUUGGUGGGGAGUGUGUAUGGGGGCUGUUGGGGGCAGACUGUUUGGUGGGAGCAGUGUGUAUGGUGGAGGCUGUAGGGGACAGUGUGUUGGUGGGGCAGUGUGUGUAGGGGCUGUGGGGGCAGUCUGUUUGGUGGGAGUGUGUAUGGGGGGCUGUGGGGGGCAGGAGGUAAUGUUUGGUGGGGCAGUGUGUAUGGGGGUCUGUGGGGAGCAGUGUGUUUGUGGGGCAGCUGGCAGUGUGUAUGGGGGGCUGUGGGGGCAGUCUGUUUGGUGGGGCAGUGUGUAUGGUGGGCUGUGGGGCAGUCUGUUUGGUGGGGCAGUGUGUAUGGUGGGCUGUGGGGGCAGUGUGUUUGGUGGGGCAGUGUGUAUGGUGGGCUGUGGGGGAAGUGUAUUUGGUGGGGCAGAGUGUAUUGUGGGCUGUGGGGGCAGUGUGUUUGGUGGGGCAGUGUGGAUGGUGGGCUGUGGAUGUGGGGGUAGUGUGUAUAGGGGGCUGUGGGGGCAGUGUAAAACAAAUGAUUUAAAAAAAAAUAAUUUAUUAAUAAAAUAUUAUUUAUAAUCCCCCCCCCUCCCUUCCUACCUUUGCCCAGGGAGGGGGGGAUAUCGCUUGUAAUCCCUGGUGGUCCAGUGGAAUCCCUGGCGUUCUAGUCUAAGUGCCUUCACGGACCGGAGGGGAGAUCAGAGAUCUACCUCCCCGGUCCGCAGGCAUAUUACUGGGCGGCCGGCACGGAGACAGGAGACCCGGGAAGAGCUCUAGCCUGCAGCUCCGCCAGAACGGAGCGUUGCCGCGGUUGCCAGGGGUCAUUGUCAUGCUGGAAAGUACAAGAGCAUCCCAUUUGCAGCUUGAGUGCAGAAAAAUGCAAAUUGUCUGCCAGUAUUUUCUGAUCGCAUGCUGCAUCCAUCAAUUUUCACAAGAUUCACCGUGCCUCUAGAGCUCACCCCCUUCCCCCAAAAUAUCUGUGAGCCACCACCAUGCUUCACAGUGGGGAUGGUAUUCUUUUCACUGUACGCCUUGUUGACCCAUCUUCAAACAUAGUGCUUAUUCUUGUGACCAUAAAGCUCUAUCCAUAAAGCUCUAUUUUGGGCUUGUCACUCCAAACUACGGUGUGCCAGAAGUGGGGGGAGAGGCAAGGCAUGUUUAUAAUCCCCCCCCCUCCCUUCCUACCUUUGCCCAGGGAGGGGAUAUCGCUUGUAAUCCAGUGGAAUCCCUGGCGUUCUAGUCUAAGUGCCUUCACGGACCGGAGUCAGGCAUAUUGUAACCAGGCCUUUUUGUGGCAUUGGUGCAGUAAAGGCUUCUUUCUGGCAACUUGACCAUGCAGCUCAUUUUUUGUUCAAGUAUCAUCGUAUUGUGCUCCUUGAAACAACCACACCAUCUUUUUCGAGAGCAGCCUGUAUUUCUCCUGAGGUUACCUGUGGGUUUUUAUUUGUAUCUCAAACAAUUCUUCUGCCAGUUGUGGGAAGGGGGGGCUGAACAAUUUCUUGGUUUACCUGACUUUGGCUUAGUAUCAAGAGAUUCCCAAAUUUUCCACUUCUUAACAAUUGAUUGAACAGUACUGACUGGCAUUUUCAAGGCAUUUGAUAUCUUUUUUAUCCUUUUCCAUCUUUAUAAAGUCCCAUUACCUUGUGACAUUGGGGCUGUGGAGAAAGGUCUCUCUAACACUCUAGGGCCCAAAGAUUCAACGUGAGCCCAUCUGUGGCACGUCUCGGAACAUGCGGCCUAGGUUCCUCUGGACCAGUGGGGGUGAUCCCGGUCCACCCCUGGGAGGCUGCCCUGUUCACACAGAACCAUGGGGUGAAGCCAUGCCAGCUCACACACAACCCGACGACUUACCUAAGAUGGCGGCUGCCACGAGGAUCCCCAGCAACACAGGGAAAAGGCAAGAUGUCCUGUCCAGACUGGACAAAAUCUUUGAAGAUUUCUGGCAGAGAGCGGAGAGCAGGAUGCAGCACCCCCCCUUCAAACAACCGGGUAGCUGCUAUACACCAUGGCAAACACACACCACGCAGCAGCCUGGGGCUCCAGCAGCACGCAGGCCCCCAACAUGGUGGUGAACCGCGAAGAGCUCACCGAUCCGGCACAGGAAAGCUAUCAAGAGGGUCGCGCCGUGGCCCAUCACGGAGACCCAUCAACGAACUGCGGUGCCGGGAAUAACCCCAAUCUGGUCACAAGGAACAACCUGUGGGUGCACACAGAGACUCAGAGGACCACCGUUCCUCUUAAAGACGCAGGACAAUGCGAUACCACUAUCCGGCAAAGGCUGAUACAGGUGCCAGGGCUGCAUAAAGACGUGCUGUUGCCCUUCUGUGACAGAACUCUCAUACACCCUUGAACUCCUGUGACACUACACUCCAGCAUCUUUUUCCUACUCUCACCCCUGGCACACUUUUUACCACAUGCAACUAGCCAGGGGCCUCCCUGGGAAAUUUCCCUGUUUAAAAUUCAUGUCCCUAUCUUUAACCUUCAGAAUAUGUGUCUUAGAUACACUAUCUGCCGACUAUCUAUAUACAGUAAUUUGCUUAGGCACGUUAGACCUAACUGUUUUACUAACCAAAAAAAAAAAUGGGUGCUAACUUACUCUGUUUGCCAUGCAACUGUCUUAUAUUGUACGAUACUACCUUGCUUGUUAUUGCAGUCGUGGCAUCAUAAACAUGUUUUGUUAUUUCUGGCACAGCAAAAAUAAAGAAUAAAAAAAUAAAAAAAAAUAGACAUACCCCUACUCGCGGUAUAGCGAAUAGGGGCAAAAUUUACUAAUACUAAUUUUUACUUAGUAUUAGUAAAUUUGGCUGAAAGACCAAUUUAGGUUUUUCAGCCUUUUGGUAGAUAAAUCCCUAAUACCGUGGGAAUUAGGGAGUUAUCUACUAAGCGGCUGCAAGAGAAGUGCCAAAGUCCCGAAAUGCCGAAGUUCCGAAAUUCUGAAGUGUCGAAAUGCCGAAGUACCGAAUUUCGGAAUGCUGAACCUAACUGAAAAUUUUCACCAUGCACAUGCCUAGUUCACGUUAUUGGUUCCUGCUACUGUGUGUCUUUAUCGUGUGUUCUCCAGAUUAAUCCCGGUUCCUGAUUUUGGCUUUUCUCAUCGUUUACUCUGACCUCUGGCAUCCCCUGACUUCGGCUAUACCUUGACUUCUCUUCUGCUUGUGUCCUUGCCUGUCCUGCGAUUCGGAGUACUUUACCUGCACAGCCCCCGUGCACAGACUCACAGGCCAGGUGGAUUCUUAUGAUAUCUUUAGCCCCCUCCCCUACUGUGAUCUCCUUUCCCUCCCCUCCUGUGCCCUCUUUAGCCCACCUCCCCUCCUGUGCACUCUUUAAGCCCCCCCUCACCUUCUGUACCCUCUUUAGGCCUCCGAAACCUUCUGUGCACUCUUUAGCCACCCCCCUCACCCUCUGUGCACUCUUUAGCCCCCUCCACUUUAUAGCCCCCCUCCCCUCUACUCUUUAGCCCCUUCCCAUUUGCCUGCUCAGUCCGGGUUGGAGGAACCUAUAUCCAAUCUGACAGGAAGCAGGUCUGGCUGUCUUUAAGAACUUCUUGUCAGACCGGGUCAGGGAACAGAGGGUCCUCUACCACGGUCUUCCUGCUUGUCCACAAUACAUUUUGUGACCGACAGAAGGGCUGUGCAGUGCCCUGCUCUCCAGACGGUCAUUGGGAGAUCGCACCCCAUUGAUGCCCCCCAAAUGAGUGGCACCAGGGGCUGACUACCCCCCUGCUUAGUACACCACUUGCACCGGUCCUGAUUGAUAUAAACAAAACUAAAUAGUUUGUUGCAGCAUUCAAUUAUUUCAUGCAGUACUUGAAUGCACAUUAUUUUGUUUGUGGUAAUUCCUCUUUAACCCCUUAAAGACGGAGGCAAUUGUACGAGUUCUGAACCAAAACCGAACCUAGAAUUUUAAACUAUGUGUCUGUUCAACCAUAAUUUACCUCUUUCAUAUUAAGUGCACGCACACGUAUUAUAUAUAUAAUUUUGUUUAGGAGAAGUAGGACUUUCAUUUCAUUAAAUUUAUUUAUGGAACACAAUUUAAUAUGAAUAAAAUCCAGUGUUAGACAUUAUGAAAAGUUAUUUCUUAACUUCUGCAUGGCAUUUUAACUGUGAAUGUCCUAAUACGGUUAGCUUUUACUGCAAUAAAACACAUAUAUUUGUAUGUGGUGAUGUCCCAUGAGUACAGCAAUGCCCCCAAUGUAGAGGUUUCAUGAUAUAUGGGAAAGUUAUAGGGUCAAAUAAAGAGCUUACCCUUUUCAGUUUUUACAAGCUGAAAUUUGCAAGAUUGGUUUGCUGGGCCUAUGUUGUCUUUGAGACCGUAUGGCAGCCCAGGAAUGAAAAUUACCCCCAUCAUGGCACACCAUUUGCAAACGUAGACAACCCAGGGUAUUCAAAAUUAUGUAUGUCCAGGUUUUUUUUUUUAAAUUCUUUAUUUUUGAGUGCAUGAAGAAAUAGACAUAUAUGCUGGUAGUGCCACAAUAGCAGAUGCUGGCCAUUCGUGGUUGACAGGUAUAUGGCAUAGAUUAAGUCUGCACAAAGUUUUAUAUAAACAAGCUUGACUUUGGGUAAAACAUUGUCAGGAAAAGCUUACAAACUGAUAUAAAAAUCGGCUAAGCAUACUGACACUAAGAUUAAAUAAAGGUACAUGUCUGAAUAUCCAAAGCAAGUGUAGUCUCCCUGGAGCUUGUUGUUAAAGCACAAUACAUGUGAAGCUACGUGAUGUGAGAGAAAUAUGUUGGGCAUUAAUAAAAUGAAUAAAAGGUAAUAAUAAAACAUGUUAGCCCUCUCAGAGCACGUUUUUAUUGUGGGCCUGAGGGGAGGCGUGUAGGGGCCUGAAGAGUAAGGUUUAAUGCCUGAACUUUUGCGCAUAGUUGUAUUGUGCACAGGUUGACUCUAAACAUUGAUGAGUGAGUUUAGCUUAAUGUACAUGAAAGGCAGUUAGGAGGUUUAUUUUAAGACUAUGGUAAUGUAGUUUAAUCUUUCCAGCUUAGGGCGAUAUGUGUGGGCAAUACAUGCUACUGGUAGGUAGCUGGGUGGCUGCUUUAACUGUGUGAGACAAAAUAUUCAUCCUAGAGGCCCUUGUAGCCAAGCUUAAGUAUGGUUAAGGAGGGUGACUUAGCAUGUAAGCUUGGUUCUCGUACGUGCGAUACUCAUACCAGGUAGGUGUGGGUCGGUGGGGCACAAAAGCAAAAUGUCCACAUGAGUCUCUGUUUAGCUGAUGCCCUCUGUGAGCUUAGCAUGGUCCCGCUGCAAGCCGGCUGUCAGGUAUACGUCGUUGCUCUGUCAGAGCUGGCUGGGAGGUGUUGACUGGCAGUCCAGGAGAGGUGUGAGGCAUCUGCACGUGAGACCGGCUUCCCGACCUGUCUGGAGGGUAGAUUUUCGUCUGCUGGGUGUCGUUAGUCCUUGCUGUGAUGCGUGCGCUGGCCUGCUGUAUCUCCAUCUCUUCCUUCUUCACCAGGCCUGCCCGGGAGCUAGAGUAAGUGCUUAUAGCUGGCUGCAGUUGAUAUUGGGCCAGUUUGUGUCUGGAUGCCGUGCUGUUAGUUAUCAGCGCGGGUGGACCAUGUUCCUUCCCUCUACCUUCAGCGCAUGUGGCAUCUGCCAUUAUAGGUGAGGUGCCUGGGCCGCAGAUUGGGGUGGUAUUGUUGCUUGGCCUUGUUUGCAUUGCAGCGUUCGGGGCCACAGGGUGAGGACCGGGAUCACCCCCACUGGUCCGGAGGGGGAGGGGGAGAACAGGGCCUGUUCAACUCGGAUGUUGGCCUCUGUCUGGGCAUUGUUAGGCAGAAUAGUUUGGCAGCGGCCGUCCGCCCCACUCACCGCCGGAGAAGGCCCCUAUUGGGACAUCGAAGAUUCCUCUUUCAGGGGACUAAAGCUCAAGGAGCCAGCCUCUCCAUGGAUUCAGUGCCCCCUUUGCACCGAGGACCAUUGCUGUUGGUCUGCUUUUAGGUCGAAAAUCUUAGGUUUUAAGGCUUAAUGUUUAGAAGGUUGCAGGAGCUGAUCUUUCUUGCGACCGUCCAGCUCGGCGGUCCGGUCCCGCCCCCGUCCAGAUUUUUUUAGGAGCCACUUGGUCACAAACCCUAGCCAAAUUUAGUGUUCAUGUUUUUUUUUUUUUUACACAAAAACUGUACUUUCAUUGACGUCACAUGUUUUAAUGCUCUGAAACACAAAAUCUAUGAUAAUGCUUCUUGAAAAUUUAAGAGUGCUUUUUCACUUUGCUGUUGCUUCAGGGCUAACUAGGUUUAACACAGUCCUUAUCUCUGUGCACAGCAUUUAUAAGAAGGCAGACUGGAUGGUGCAUUGAUGGGGCUUGGUAAUUAUACAAUAGUGAAGAUGCACUGGAACUUGUGGGAUCUUUCUAUUCUUUCAAAAGCUUCAUUAAUGUUAUAUUCUCAUUCAGGCGCAAGAGUAAAAAAUAAUGGACUAGGGAAGACACAGUCACGAUAGGCAUUUGUUAUUCAUGUUUCAUAAUUUGCAUUUUUUUUUCUAAUGCCAAUUUUUUAGUGCAAAUUUAAAAAAAAACUGACAGGUUAUAGUGAUUACGACAGUAUAAAAUGAUAUGUAAUCCAUCAGUGACAGUGGCUCUACCUUUCAAUAACGUGUAUUAUUAAAUCAAAAUGCAUUUCAUAUUUUUGGGAAAACUACAUUGCAAAAAAUGGAUAAUGAAUAAUAAGAAAACUAAAGAACAAUCAAUUCCCACUGCAAUUAUUAAAUGGAAUCAAGACCUAGCAAAGGAUAUAACUAUGAAAGAAUGAAAUAACUCCCUUAAUACGAUAUAUAAAGUCUGUCAUUGUCUAAAUAUACACAAAACCCAUUAUAAAAUACUAAACAAAUGGUAUAAUACCCCCUACAAAUAGCAAUAAUGUAUCCUACAGCUCCACCAAAUUGUUGGAGAUGCAAUGAAUUAAUUGCAGACUUCAAAUAUAUUUGAUGGGAUUGUCCGAAAAUUAGACCUUUAUGGGAUAUGUUAAACCAAUAUUUAUCAGUUUUAUUCGAAAUAAGAUUUGAGCUGACCCCAAGUAUGGCCCUAUUACAUAUGGAUAUGACAGGCAUCAAUAAAGAAUUUAGACCUAUUAUUUACGAGUACUUAAGAAAUGAAAUAACUAAUACCAUAUUCUGAUGUGAAACAAACAAAAAAAAAGACGAAAGAACAGAAAAUCUUACAAUUAAACUGGUAUUCCUGGCACCAUAACCACUUUAGUCUGUAGAAGUGGUUUUUCUGCAAGGUCAGUGUCUCUGUAGCAUUUCUGCUAAAAGAUAUUUUGAUUAUUUUGCAGCAGAUGGAGGCUUGUGUCAGUCAAUCAGCCAUCCUCUUUUAUCCCUGCUGCCUAUAUAAUUUUUUUUUGUUUUUUUUUUCAUUUACAGUUUUUAUUGAAUUUUAAUGUAAGUGGGGGAGGGUACAGAAAUUAAAAUCCAAUGUAUCCGUGUUGGGACCAUGUUCCAUCCAUAAAGUACCUUUCUAUCUUGUCCAUGAAGCCUCAAGCAAUAUUGUCUAGGUGAGUAUCUCGUACUUUACGUCGCCGAACAAAGGAGUGCAGUUGCAAGUGUGAGUAUUGUAGACAUGUGCAAUUAGUUUCGGUCUGAAUUUAAAUUUGGACGAAUUUCGGCAAUUCGGACAUUCAGAUACUUCUGAAUUGCUGAAUUUCAGAAGUGCCGAACCGAACCGAAUUUCAGAAGUGCCGAAUUUCGGAAGUGCCGAAGUGCUUUGGAUUUUUGAAAAGUGGCAAAACAGGAGAGGGAGGGAAAAUUAAGGGAAUGAUGACAGGAAUCUAAUGUGAGGAAGGCUGAACUUGAUGGACCCAGGUCUCUUUUCAGCUAUGUAACUAUCUAACCCUGCCCCUAACCCUACCCCUUCUAGGCUUAGGUGAAGGGUUAGAGGAAGGUUAGGGUUAUUGGGUUGAGUUAGGGAACUGCCAAAGUCCUGAAUUUGCCGAAGUGCUGAACCGAAGUGCCGAAUUGCCGAAUUUCGGAAGUGCCGAACCAAAUUGCCGAAUUUCGGAAGUCCGGACCAUAAACAAAUUUUUUACCCAUGCACAUCCCUAGAGUAUUGUGAUGUGUGGGGUAAUUUGUGCUUGAACGAAAGGGUUACAAAGUCUUCCAAUUUAUUAUCCGCAUAUGCCUGAUAUAAAUUAGUAAUCCCUCCAUGGUGUAGUGUGGAAGGUGGGUAGAUGGUGUACUAGGGCCAUGAUCGGGGUCGCCAUAGAAAGGGGGUAAGUGUUGUAUAGCCUGGUUAGGUUGAUGUCCCAUAUUUGUAUUGCUAGUUUCACAGGUACAGAAUGAGUAGCUGGUCUGAACGUUUUAGGCAACCAAAAUAAGUGUGGAAUAGUAAAAGGUAGCAUCAGUUUCUGCUCUUGGGAAACCCAUUGUGAGGGUGAUUCAGUGAUGAAAUGUGGAAUGGUUGAGGCUAAGAUAGAUGCAUCAGAAAAAGCAAAGCCUCCCAUUUUUGAUAGUAGCAUCUUUAUGACCACCCUGGCUCUACUUCCCACCCAGACAAACUGUAUAAGGUCUUUACAAUUUGUGAUAAAUGGUAGAUGUAUUGGGAGUGUGCGGAAUAGGUACUGAAGUCUCGGGAGAAUUAUGUUUUUAUAGUAAUGAUCUGUCCACGUAAGGAAUAACUGGGUCCACUUUUGGAGGAGUUGUUUGCAAUCCUUCCAAAUCUGAGGUAAUUUUUUGGGAAAAGGUCUGCUGCAGUUUUUGUAAAUGUCACACCUAAAUAUGUAAAACCGUCUCCCCUCCAGUCAAAAGAGUAUUUCUGUCGAAGAAAAUCUGAAGUUUGUUUGGGCAGAUCUAUGCCUAGCUCCUGGGUUUUGCUAGUGUUCUGGGAAUAGUAUGACAUAAACCCAUAAUCCUGGAUCUCUUGCAAUAUAGGUGAGAGCGAUUUGAUUGGGCGGGUUGCCUAUAUCAAUUUUAAGUGCCCAGUACGCACACCAGUUGGGCUUAACUCUUUCUCCUCCUAGAAAAGAGUAAAUCCACAGGCCAUAAUCCACAGACUACACAUGUAGGGACCGCAGUCCUGCUGAGAGUUUCAAAUAGUUCUCACUGAGUGAUGUUCUCAUAUACAAACACUAUCAAUCUAUAUCAGUAAAAUGUGCUUAUAUGGAGCUGGCAUGUAUCGUUAGCAGAGAUUGACUAAACCAUGUUGUACAAGUUUGUGUACUUACAAUAAGUAUGGGUAACAUGACAGAGAAUACCUAAGGGGGAUACAUUGUGCAUUAGCACUUCUAUUAUAUGCAACUAGAACAAUUUUUGCAGCAUCUUGGGCGACAUACCACACAACAUCUGGAAGGAGAAGUUAUAUUAAGCCAUUUGUCCCUCAUGUGUUAACAUUUUUAUUCUCUUCCAGGAUACAUAGUGGGAACAUUGGCUGUGUGCUGGUUGCCCUUUCAGGCUCGGCGUCUGAUGACUGUUCUGCGCAGUAAAAAUGAAUGGACAGAAACUUAUUAUCGUUUAUAUAUCACCUUGCAACCCAUCACAAACUGCUUCUACUAUCUUAGCUCAUGCCUCACUCCUCUGCUGUACAACCUGACAUCACGGAACUUUCGCCAAGCUUUCUUCAACAGUAUUACCCCAUGUGCUAAGAUGCCUUCGACAGCCUCAGUUCCAUGGGAUAUACAAAUUACCCAUCAAACCAUCAGAUCUUCCUCGGUGGUUCGAAGCACCAGUGAUGUGUGAGCCAAAAGAGUGAAUAUAAAUGAAUAAAAAAUUAAGCAGCC